AAAUAAACGAGGAAACUGUCAAAGCUGGUGCGUUUGUUCGCGUUGAUUACUUUCCUAGAAGUUUUUUUUAAUUUCGAUGGGUUUUUCUUAAUUCCAGCGGCUACCAGAUAAAAGUAAUAUAAAAUAGCGUAGUGUACAUUGAAAGAAUAUUCAGUUAGAGCAACUGAAAAUCCGAUUUUCGUCAAGAAACAACCAUAAUAGGUCAAGAGGAGCGGGGAUAUGUAUCGCUAUGUCGUGCUCAGUUUUUUAGCAAAAUAAGGAUUUUUGUCACAAAGGGGGCUAAUUAUCGUUCGAUAUGGUGGUGUCCUAGUAUUAACAAGAGCGGGCCUGUUGUGAUAAGUGAUGGAGUCGAUUAGAAAGUGGCUAUAUAAACCAAAGAAAGAUGACAAAUCACUUCUGGCCCAAUUCUUCUACGCCGACGAGGACCUCAACACUGUCGCCAACGAGCUGGACAGUUUCGACGGCCGAAAAGAUCCGGAACGGUGUACGUGGCUGGUCAAUCAGCUGCGCCAAGCUCAGGACAAGGUGCUGACCAUCACCAACGCCAUCAUGGACGUGCUGAUCGGGGACGAGCGCGCCAACCGGGACUUUCGGGUGAAGUUUCCCGAGGACGUGCUGCAGGAGAAUUUGGCGGGUCAGCUGUGGUUCGGCGCGGAGUGCUUGGCAGCUGGUUCCUCUAUCAUGAAUAGAGAAUCGGAAAGCUCCGCCAUGCGCCCCCUAGCCAAAGCCGUGACCAAGAGCCUGGAAAGCGUGCGCAACCUGUUACGCAACGCCUGUCUGCGCAGCAACACGCCCAACGGACCCAUCAAGCUCGACUCCAACGACCUAUUCACCGAGAUGCUCUUAGAAAGUCUGAAGAUAUUCGACCGCCUCUUCGCCGAGUUCGAACUGGACUACGUCAGCGCCAUGGUGCCCGUGAAAUCGACGCAAGAAUACGAACUGCAAGAGCUGAUCGGCGUGCUGUUCUCCGAAACGCUGCGCAGAGCGUUAUUGAUGAAGAUGCUCACGCAGGACAUGGUGGACGAUUGCGAUCCGGCCUUGAUGUUCACCAUCCCACGUCUGGCGAUUGUUAGCGGGUUAUUAGUGUAUCCGGACAGUCCUUUGUGUAUAGAUAAACCGAUGGAAGGUAUGAGCGAGAUGUUUCGACCGUUUCGCAUGUUGUUGCGGAAAAUUCGCGAACUGCUUUGGGCCUUAGAUAAGCGAGAGUUGUAUACGUUAGAAAAGCUGCUCUGUGAUAACGAGCAAAUCGACAGUGUGAGGGCGGUGGUGGACGUGGACCUUCGGGACGACGAGUAUUUUGAUCAGUUUUAUCGGGAUUUUUCUCGCUGGCAAAACCAACCGACCUACGAGUAUUCCUCGCCGACGGUUGAGAAAAAAGUGCCUCCGCAACCUGCCACGGUUCAACCUAGUAAUGUCCAGCGAGAAGUUACGCCGGAUAGGCCUUCCACCUCUGGAUAUCUGAUUCCUCAAAGUGUAGUGCGGAAUACCAUAAUCGCUUCGUCUGUUUCGCCAGGUCGGAGAGCUCAUGAUCAGUCCGUAGACUCGCCUCCAGAACACGAUUCUUUAGAGGUGAUAUCAGCCGCAGCUGCCACUCUAUCUUCCAUUUUAAACAUUAGCGACACGCCCCAGAAGAAGGCGUCAUCGCAGGACCUAGAAUCGCCGGACGAUUCAGGAAUCUGCACGGAAACCACCAGCUUGGAUAGGUCACCUAGUUUGGAAUCUAACGAACCUCGAAGAAGGUGUGAGUGCGGUCACUCACAGCGGCGGAUGGAGAAAAGUGAGUAUGGUAGGUCAUCGAAGAAGGGUUCGAGGAGGAGUAAAUCGCCGAAAAGGGAGACUGUGUCGAGGAAGAAGAAUCUGAGACAGGAGAUGUCGAGUUCGAGCAGCUCGGAGACGUCGUCGUUUAGUAGCGCGUGCGCCGACGAUGAGGAGAUAGCGUACGCGUUGCAGGCGGCGGAGAUGUUGAUCAAUAAAGAGGAACUUCGAGCAAAAUACAGUUCCAGCGAAGACCUCAUCCACCGACUGUUCGUUUGCAUCGCCGGCGUAGCCGACCAGCUCCAAACCAACUUCGCCUGCGACCUGCGCAACAUCCUCAAAUCCGUCUUUCUCAUCAACGCCUCCGACACCACCGACCCGCCACCCAAACCUCUGGAACCGCCCUCCUUGGAGUCGUCCAUCGAGUACCACCCCUCCGAAGACGAGGUGAUCGAGAACAACGAGUUCUCCGUCGACCCCAACAUCCUGGCCCAGGAGGCUUUGUUCGAUACCAACGUCUACUUCCAUCUGGACACCGACGGCUGUCCUAGCAAUUACACCAACCACCCUCGGCAGUUUCAGCUGGAAGACUCGUUGAACGAUUUGGUGUACAGUACCGGUCCGGGUACAGAUGGAACGCACGGCGAGGCUCCGUCUAUAGAGGAAUCACAUCGGGACAGCAUAGAAAGUCCGCCCGUGUGGAUCCCGGACGUGCAGGCGCCGAAAUGCAUGAGUUGCGGAUCGAAUUUUACUGUGAUGAAACGGCGGCACCAUUGCCGGAACUGCGGUAAGGUGUUCUGCGCUCGCUGUUCGUCCAACAGCGUGCCGCUACCCAAGUACGGCCUGGUGAAACCCGUCAGGGUUUGCAAUAAGUGCUUCUUAUACAAUUUGACCCCAUUUACAAUUCAUUAGAGGCGGCUGUUUUCGAGAGAGGAAGGCACACAGAGUACUUAUAGAGUGAGAUUUUUUUUGACUUGCGCUAUAGAUUAUUGGAAAUUUUAAUUUUGGAGGAUAGUGAAAUGUUUACGGUAAUUUUAUAUGUAUAAAAGAAAACUCGAACUAAACCAACCAGUAGGUAGCUCAUUAAAUGUAAACUUCACUAGCUCAAGGUGGUUCCGUGUAUAUUUUUUUAUUAUCUUGACCAUUUUUUAUCUUCACUUUUAUUUUAUUAACUAUGGACACUAAAUGUUGGGUUUAUUGAAAUAUACAGGGUCGUCUGAAAUGUAUUUGGGAAACUUCGGCAGCAUAUUCUACCGAUAAAAAUAUGUAAAAAUGUUCCAUAAAAUGCUUCAUUUCGGAGAUACAGGGUGUAGAACUUUCAUUUUUAUUUGUUUUUUUUUCUAAGUAAUUUCUGAACUAAUGUCCAUAUGGGCGUCUGGGUGUUUUUGGAUAUAAGUAUGCCUCCUACUUAUAGGGGGCGUCACCUAUAUAUUUUUAACUGUUUUGAAGAGUAAUAACUUUUAUCCGUACCUGUAUUACACUACUAAGUGGAAAAAUAUAAAUUUCCGCGGUAUUUUACGUCAAAAUGAUCUCUUGGUAAAAAUAGUUCACAAGAUAUUUGGAAUCAAAUGCUUCAUCAUUGACAAAAAUUAAACAUGUUGAUUAGAUAGUUAUUAGACUGAAAUAAUGAAUUUAGAAAUGUUUUUUGUCAAAGUUUCAACAGAAACCGUUUUACCAUGAUUUUUUCUAGAAAAAGUUAUGAUUAAUUAAAAAAAUAAAAAGUUCCCAAAUUUACUAUUUAACUUAAAUAACUAUAAUGAACAUGUUUAUUUUUUGUUAAUAAUGACAUGUAUUGACUAAAUUUCUAUUUCAAAUAUCUUGAGAACUGUUGCUGUAGCGAUUUUGAUCAAGAUAUUUUUUUGCAUAAAAAAAAUAUGGUAAUGUAUAUUUUUUCACUUGGUAGCUUUAUACAGGUACAGACGAAAAUUUAUUACUCUGCAAAAGAGUUAAAAAACAUGUAGGUGGCGCCUCCUUCAAGUAUGAAUUAUAUUGACAUAAAUCUUCAUGCCAGAAAACACCCAGAGACUAAUUUUCAUCUAAAUAUUGCCUACAGUUUAGGAAUUAUUUGGAAAAAAGCGAAAUAAAAAUGAAAGUUCUACACCCUGUAUUUCUGAAAGAAGCAUUUUAGGACAUGAAU